AUGAUUCCCAUGUCGCUGGUGGUUUCAAAUGUGAACACAGUUUUUCGUCGAAAAAAUCCGACCAUAAUGUUUGCGAUGGUCCGUUGCUUGUCGUCGGAUCCGCCAUCCACGACUUCCCAAGAUGGUAUUCCGAUUUCCAAGAGAAAAAUGAAGAAACUCUUCAAAGUUGCACAGUUAUCGAAAAAGUCCAGAUCAUAUGAGAACGACAAAAUUGAUAAACUCAGUGCGAUGGCAGAAUUUGGCCUGAAAGAAUCGGACCUUGAAGAUCUUCCUAGUCAUAGCAAACCGACAAUCAGUCAUUCGCACCAUCAGAAUAUGAACAAAAAUAGUCACCAACUUUCAUGGAAGUUCGGAACCCUCGAAGCUCAUCGACGACCAUUAGUGGCGAUGAGGAAAGAGUUGACAGAUGCGGAAAGGAUGAGAAUGAGAAUGAGAGUAGAAACAACGAACCAACAUAAAGGGGCAGAUAGAGUUGUUGCCAUCGCUUUCACACUCAAUUUAUGUGAUAUGGCAAUGAAGUUUACCGCUGCAUAUUUGACUGGAUCCAAAUCUCUGUUUGCCGAAGCGAUUCACAGUGCAAUGGACACUUGCAAUCAGUUGAUUCUGCUGCUGGGAAUACGAUAUUCUGCUAAAAAUCCAGACCUACUUUUUCCCUACGGAUACGGUAACAUGCGAUAUGUUACAUCUCUCAUUUCUGGAUGUGGAAUUAUGGCGUUCGGAUGCGGACUGUCGAUGUAUCACGGAAUAAGCGGCCUUCUCCAUCCGGAACCACUCGAACCGUUAACCUAUGCUUACUACGCAUUGUUCAUGUCACUCUGCUUUCAAGGCGCAUCUGCCAUCACUGCAUACCGAGAAGUUUUCGCUAAAGCCAGAAAAGCGAAAAUCAGCUUGUGGAACUAUGUCCGUACAUCUGCUGAUCCUUCUCUCAAUGUUGUACUUUUGGAAGACACUGCUGCAGUCACUGGGGGACGGUCAGUUCAUGAUGUGAAAGCCACUUGUCUGGGUGUAGAGCAGAGUCGAUUUAAAGCGGAACUGGAUUUCGAUGGAAGAAUGAUCACAAGGGCCUACUUGCAAGAAGCUGUGCAUUUACCAGCUCUUCUGAAUGAAGUUAAGCAAAUUGAAAAUGAAGAUGAGCUAGUGGUGUUUAUGGAGAACCACGGUGAAAAAGUGAUCGACCGACUUGGGGAUGAAAUUGAUCGAAUUGAAGGAGAAAUCACCAAAAAGCAUCCAGACAUUAGGCACGUCGAUUUGGAAGCCUUGUAG